AUGCCGUCGCCACCACAAAAUUGGAUUAUCGGCGCAGCCGUUGGUGUCGUGUUGGCACCUGUCAUUGUGCCCCCUGCUUUGGGUCUUGUUGGCUUCAGUGCAGCAGGGCCUGUCGCUGGCACAUUCGCGGCUGCUGCCCAAAGCGGCAUUGGCAACGUCGCUGCUGGGAGCACUUUCGCAGUGGUGCAAUCUAUGGCAAUGGGAGGAGCUAUCCCAGCAGGAGUUUAUGCAGUUUCUGGGAUCAUUGGAGGGAUUGCAGGGUGGGCUGGUGGCUGGUUCGGCGGUGAUGAACCGGAACCGGAUGCUGCGGAUGCUGAGGAUGGUGCGAACUCGAACACAACGGAGGAAACUUAA